AUGGCCCCGUGGCCCGCACCUCCUCCGCCUCCGCCUCCGCCUCCACCUCUCGCCGCGCCGCCGCCGCCCGGCGUCUCUGCUAAGGGGCCGCCGGCGCGCAAGCUGCUUUUUAUGUGCACCUUGUCCCUGUCCGUCACCUACCUGUGCUACAGCCUCCUGGGCGGCUCGGGCUCCCUGCAGUUCCCCCUGGCGCUGCAGGAGCCGCCGGGCGCCGCCGCUGAGCCCCCACCGAGCCCGCCGCCACCCUCUCUGCCGCCUCCCCCCGUGCGCCUCGGCGCCCCCUCGCAGCCGCCCGCGCCGCCGCCGCCGGACAACGCGAGCCGCGGGGAGCCGCCCGAGCCCCCCGAACAGCCCGCCGCCCCCGGGGCCGACGGCUGGGGGCUGGCGAGCGGCGGCGGGGGCGCCCGGGACGCCUGGCUCCGGACCCCGCUGGCCCCCGGCGAGAUGAUCACGGCGCAGAGCGCGCUGCUGGAGAGGGAAGCGCAGGAGUCCAGCACCACCGACGAGGAGCUCGCAGGCCGGAGAGCGGCCAACGGGAGCAGCGAGAGGGGCGGCGCCGCGAGCACCCCGGACUAUGGGGAGAAGAAGCUGCCACAGGCGCUUAUCAUUGGGGUCAAGAAAGGAGGGACCCGCGCGCUGCUGGAGGCGAUCCGAGUCCACCCGGACGUGCGGGCGGUGGGCGUUGAGCCGCACUUCUUCGACAGGAACUACGAAAAGGGGCUGGAGUGGUACAGAAAUGUGAUGCCCAAGACUCUGGACGGCCAGGUAACCAUGGAGAAGACACCGAGUUACUUCGUGACAAAUGAGGCUCCCAAGCGCAUCCACGCCAUGGCCAAGGACAUCAAACUGAUCGUGGUGGUGAGGAACCCCGUGACCAGGGCCAUCUCUGACUAUACCCAGACGCUGUCAAAGAAACCCGAGAUCCCCACCUUCGAGGUGCUGGCCUUCAAAAACCGGACCCUAGGGCUGAUCGACGCCUCCUGGAGUGCCAUUCGAAUAGGGAUCUAUGCUCUGCACCUGGAAAACUGGCUCCAGUAUUUCCCCCUCUCCCAAAUCCUCUUUGUCAGUGGUGAGCGACUCAUAGUGGACCCUGCUGGGGAAAUGGCCAAAGUACAGGAUUUUCUAGGCCUCAAGCGUGUCGUGACUGAAAAACAUUUCUAUUUCAACAAAACCAAGGGGUUCCCUUGUCUAAAGAAGCCAGAAGACAGCAGUGCCCCAAGAUGCUUAGGCAAGAGCAAAGGUCGGACUCAUCCCCGCAUCGACCCCGAUGUGAUCCACAGACUGCAGAAAUUCUACAAGCCCUUCAACAUGAUGUUUUACCAAAUGACUGGUCAAGAUUUCCAGUGGGAACGGGAAGAGGGUGACAAAUGA